AUGCCCUGGGUGUUGACGAUACGCUCGUGGGCAUUUUUGUACGCCAUGCUCGAAGGGCCCCUCAUCACAUUCUCCUUUGGUCAGAUUUCGGGCGUCACGGCCGGCUUUGGUUACAACACGCACAUGCGCUUCCCCACCGCCGCCGAGGUCAUGGAAUUUCCUCUCCUUUCGCGCUCCAGCCCUAAGAAGGACGCCGAGAAACCGCCGCUGAUUGAGACGUUGGGCUCCAUCGUCAGUAGCGGCUGGGUGGCUCCGAAGGACGGCGGGUUCUGGAUCGCGGCCGGGCUCAAGGUCAAGGCCUUCCAGAUGCUCGAAGUUCAGGCCGUCGCCGUGGUGGAAUGGGGAGCUGGUCUUCGCCUAGGCAUCUUCGCUGUAGCCACGGCAAGCAUGCCGCCUCAAUUGAUACCCGGUGGCAUCCGGUUCGCCUAUGUCGAGCUUGGGCUCACGGCUACUCUAGACGCAGAGGCGGGAACGCUCUUCAUUGACGGCCAGCUGGCGCCCUCUUCCUUCAUCUUGGCCCCCGACUGCCGUCUCUCCGGGGGCUUCGCGUUAUACGCGUGGUUUGGAGAACACUCAGACCUCAAGGGUGACUGGGUCUUCUCGCUGGGCGGCUAUCACCGCCAGUACACGCCGCCGCCGCAGUGUCCGCAGCCACCGCGUCUGGGCAUCUCCUGGCAGUUCAGCAACGCCAUCUCAAUACGCGGCGAGGCCUACUUCGCUAUCACGCCGGCCGUGUGCAUGGGCGGUGGGCGGUGGAACGUGUCUCUGCAACUCGGUCCUCUCGAGGCCUUCUACGAGGCCCAUAUUGACUUCCUGAUCAACUUCCAGCCCUUCCAUUUCAUCGCCGACGGAGCCAUCAGUGUUAGUGUCCGAUUUGUCUUGGACCUUUGGCUUGUAACGCUGAACAUCGCGGUUGAUAUUGCGGCGAGUUUGCACAUCGAGGGCCCGCCAAUCCAUGGCACUGUGCACGUGUGCUUCUGGGUGUUUGGCUUUGAUAUCGCAUUUGGUAGUGGCACUGAUAGUCCACCCGGCAUUUCCAUUGAUGAGAUGAUUCAACUGGCCUGCGAAAAGUCUGAAGGUGGGGAGAAGGCAUCUCUUGACACUAUUACUGCAUCGACACCGCUUAGCGGGUUGACACUCGCAGACGCGUACUCAGAUUUCGAUCGUUCGGACAGGUCGUCAGGACCGCGUCUCUAUACUCCAGAUUCGCAGUCCGCCUCCGAUACUGAAGACUCAGAACCCCCGGCCGCAGUCGGCACCGGACCGCAUGUGCUAUCAGUCGAAUCAGGGCUCGUCCCCAGCGGCAAAACAGACUCGAAACCAAGCUCCGAGCCGUGGGUUGUACAACCCGUGGGCUUUGCCUUCAGCAUCGCGUGCAAAAUCCCGAUCGACAAGGCCGUCAUAGAAACCGAGGGAGAUGAGGAAAAGCCGUCAGUUCCGGGCUCAGGAAUGCCCAUCUUUGCUAAACCUAUGAAAGACGAGAGUCCCAUCUCUUCCGUUUUGACUGUGAAAUUUCGUUUUAAACCCACACCGGCAGACAAGAUGCUUGAACCUCCGCGCGGGCGGUGCCAUUGCGGGAGAAUAAUCGUGGCAUUAUCAAGAAGAUGCCAGCCGGACUUUGGGGGAAAUGCAGAUUCGAAAGCGGCGGAUCCAGCCUACAGCGCCAACAACCGUGGCCUUCUUGACGGAACCAAAGAUGCCACUGUCGAGCUCCUCGCCGAGGUCAGCAUCGCUGCGCCGAGCGCGCUCCCAGCCACACUGGACACUUUACAACCGUUUGAAUACAAGCGCAUGUUUGUCUCGGACGUAGAGGAUGAAAACAAACGCCGAUCGUUUCCCUGCCCAUACACUAAGACAUCAAGCGAGGGUUCCUCCCCUGUCCCAGUUGCUCAUAAACCAGGACAGUGGGAUGCUGUGGUAAGCGCCUGGCGUAGUGCAGGUGAGGACUGUAAGCCUGCGGAAGAUGCUAUCAGUCUUUGGAAGAAGGUUGGGCUGGACGAGCUGGGCUGGGAGGCUGAGAAGCUACAGGAGGGCGAGUUUGCCUGGCAGAUGCCGAAGGAGAGGCUUCCGGAGCUGCUGGACAACUUUGAUUCGUAUUACCUCUGGCCGCCGUACCUCACUCCAAAGCCAAAGCCGAGCUCUCAUGCCGAGCUCUCAUAG